AUGGGCAAUCCAAUCUUGCGGUCAGACCCAGAUCCAUUGCCACGCUAUAGAGGCUACUUCUGCGCCCACGUGACGGUGCACGAGGUCGGCAGCUACCCCGCCGAUGUUUUUGUGCGGCAGCAGCGCGAGGCCUUUGGCAGCUUCACGCCCCUUGUAUCCAUUGAAGGCGGCUUGUUGCAGCCGCUCUGGGCCGGGCAGCGGCUGCAGUGGGUGUAUGGAGGAUUGAGAGAAGGGGGAGCCUUCUUCCGGGUACACAGCACCGGGCAGCUUGAGUACCUUGGCACUGCGCAGCACCCAAGCCCCGACUGGCUCGACUUUGCCGGAGAGGCAGACGGCGGCGGCUCAUCGGAGCGGCCCGUCAGCCCCGGGUUUGUCGAGUACAUUGCGCAGGUCUGGGGGCUGCCGGCUGCUGCUGCCAGUCGUGGCCCUCCCAGCGUAUCAUGUUGCAUGGGCUGCAUGGGCGGAACCGUCACCGUGGUGCUGGGCACAUGGUUUCACACCGGCCGCUCUGUGCUGACCCGCAUGCAGGAGGCCAGUGAGGACAGCGUUGACGAGGAGGGGUACCACGACGCGCCGGCGGUGUAUGUGGGCGGCCAGCCCGCGGCGCUGGACCCCGGCGACACCCCCACCUGCCUGCGCUGCCGCGGCGCCAUGGCCUAUGUGGGGCGCGUCGACUCGGACGUGUUCUCAGACGAGCUGCAGGAGGACCGAGCCAUCCACCUCUUCUACUGCCACGACUGCCGCCUGCAGUGCUGCCUGGACGCCCCCAGCCUGGACAGCACGCCCCUUGUAGAGCUGGACCUGAGGUGA